ACAAUGUGACAGUAUAUAAGUGUUGAGUGUUCAAUGUAUUUGUAAUUUUUCAAAAAAAAGAAAAAAAACAUAAACAAGACAGCCUCCUUUCUCUCUCUUGAAAGCACAAAACCCAAAAUAAAGAUUACUGUUAUUGUUCUUGCUCAUCAUUUUUUUCCACAAAAAUCCAAUCUUUUUAGUGUUUCUUGACUUGGGUUGUACUUAAAUUUGCAUAAUUUAUACAUUUUAAUACAUAUUUUACCUUUUUUCAAGAAUCUUUAUGAAGUUCUUUAGUGUAAUUUUGGUGGUGGCAGCCGCCGCCGCCGUAGUGGCGGCGGCGGCGGUGGUUGCUGGAGCUGAGAAGUUGCCAGCAGGGGUGUUGAGCUUGGAAAGGAUUGGUGGGAAAGUGGAGGUGGAGGAAGUUAGAGCUAGGGAUAAAGCUAGACAUGCUAGAAUGUUGCAGAGUUUUGGUGGUGGUAUUGUUGAUUUUCCUGUUGUUGGUUCAUCUGACCCUUAUCUUGUUGGCCUUUAUUUUACAAAAGUACGGCUGGGAACUCCACCAAGGGAAUACAAUGUGCAGAUCGAUACCGGCAGUGAUAUCCUGUGGGUCACCUGCAGUUCCUGUGACGAUUGUCCUCGAACAAGUGGACUUGGGGUUGAGCUCAACUUCUAUGAUGCUACGAGCUCAUCAACUACUUCUCCCAUUUCUUGUGCGGACCAAGUGUGCGCCUCUAUAAUUCAAACUUCCUCUACCGAGUGCUCUACAGAAACCAAUCAGUGUGGUUACACCUUUCAGUAUGGAGAUGGGAGUGGAACAACAGGCCAUUACGUAGCUGAUUUACUAUAUUUCGAUACAGUCCUGGGAACCUCGGUGAUUGCCAACUCUUCAGCACCAAUUGUUUUUGGGUGCAGUACCUCUCAAUCUGGGGACUUGACCAAGACGGACAGAGCAAUUGAUGGAAUUUUUGGGUUUGGUCAACAAGGUCUUUCUGUAAUAUCUCAACUGUCUUCUCGUGGGAUUACUCCUAAAGUAUUUUCACACUGCUUGAAAGGAGAGGGAAAUGGUGGAGGUAUACUUGUCCUUGGUGAGAUUUUGGAUCCGAGAAUCGUAUAUAGUCCCCUUGUUCCGUCACAGGUGCAUUACAAUGUAUUUCUGCAGAGCAUUGCUGUAAAUGGACAGUUGGUGCCUGUUGAUCCAUCAGUGUUUGCGACAACUGGCAAUCGAGGAACUAUUGUGGAUUCUGGUACAACUUUGGCUUAUAUUGCCGCAGAAGCUUAUGAUCCAUUUGUCAGUGCUAUAGCUGCUGCUGUUUCACAAUCAGCUAGGCCAAUCGUCUCACGAACAAAACCGUGCUUUCUGGUGUCCUCAAGCAUAGCUGAGAUAUUUCCACCAGUUUCUUUGAACUUUGAUGGUGGCGCAUCAAUGGCUUUAAGACCGGCAGACUAUCUUGUGCAUAUGGGCUUUGUUGAAGGUUCUGCUAUGUGGUGCAUCGGCUUUGAAAAACAAGAACAAGGAGUAACAAUUUUAGGAGAUCUCGUUUUGAAAGAUAAGAUCGUUGUGUAUGACUUAGCACGGCAAAGGAUUGGAUGGACAGAUUAUGAUUGUUCAUCAUCUGUGAAUGUGUCCAUAACCUCCGGCAAGGGUGAGUUUAUCAACGCUGGACAGUUAAGCGUGAACGGUGCAUCAGGUGGUGCGCUUUUCAAUCUGCAGCACACGAGAACUAGUGCGCUUCUGCUAUUAUUGGUGCUUGUGAUUGGUUUCCCAUUUUAACUUAAACGUUCAGUUUUGACUUCCUUUGGUAAAUUUAUAAGCUUCGCCGACUAAUAUUACUGUAGUUGGCUAGCACUUGUGUCAUUACAAAGUUUUCCACUUAGCUUAUGAGGCCUCUACCUUCUUUCUGACCUCGAAAAAGAUUUGUCCUUCAGAUGUCGCCUCUGACGUGAGUUGCACGUGUAUAGGAGAGGCCUUUACCUUCCUUCUGACCUCGAAAAGAUUUGUUCUUUAGAUGUGUCUAUCGUGACUAGCAAUGUACAUAACCUCUUAGUUAAGGAUGGGGAAGUGAAGACGUGUUAACUAGAAGCGCGAUGAAAGCAAUUUGUGUUUUUUGCUUCAUAUCGAGUUGUUGUAAAAGGAAAAGUAGAAUUUUCUUGAAGCCCUGGGCUUGUUGUAAAGCAUUGGUUUCUCAGAUAUGCACAUUGCAUCAUUGUAAAACGAAUUUGCAACUGUCAGUAGUGCUGUUUGUUAAAUUUUCAAAUCCUCAUUUGUUAGUAGGAAUUAGUUUCCCAUUUGUCUUAUGGACAGUACUGUAAUGCAUUUUAAGAUUUGUUUCAGUGUAAUGGAAAGUGUGGAGUUACUAUAUUAA